UCCGUGCCGAUGGCGUCGGGGCUGGAGAGCGAGCGGAGCCGGGAGCAGCGGGAGCAGCGGGAGCAGCGGGAGGCACUGCUGGCCCAGGAACAUUCUGUGCAGAAAAAAAAGAAAAAGGAUAAGCAUUCAAAAAAAGCUAAGAAAGAAAAGAAGAAAAGUAAGAAGCAAAAAUCUGAAAAGAAGGAUGACUUACAUGAUAGUUCUUCGGAUUCUUCAGUUGAAUGGGUUGAGUCAAAUGUGUCACAGUCAGAUGACACAGAAAAGGCUUGGAAGGUCAAUAAGCAACCAGAUGCUGUGAGAGAACCCUCACUGCAGAGAGAAGAAUGGAUGAAUUUAGACUUCAUGUCAUUGAAAACAACGUCAGUAGCAGCUGUCAAAGGUGAAAGACACAAAGAUAAAGUACUGGAACGACAGAAAGCUCAAGAACUUGAGCAGGCCAUGCUGUCUGAGAGAGAACUUAAUCCCUAUUGGAAAGACGGUGGUACAGGUUUGCCACCAGAGAAGGAUGAAGAAGCUUCAGUUAAGAAAGUUACAGUGGUAGAAGAUGCUGGAUUAAGUUGGCUGCGAAAAUCAUACCAAAGGAUGAAAGAGCAGGCUGAGAGAGAGAAACGAAAUUUUGAGGAAAUUGUAGCUGAGAGAUAUGGGUCAGUGGAGGUAUUUCAGUCGCGAUUAGAAGAAGCUGAAAAAGCUGCAUCCAGAAAGGAAAAUUAUCAUGGAAGUGGAAGAUGGAGGAAAACUGACUAUUCAGAAAGUGAGAGAGGGAAGAAAGAACACCAUAUUGAAAAGGUGACACGAGAUGAUGAUAGAAGCAGAAACACAUUUGGGGGCCAUACUAGGGAGAGAUAUGACAAGGGUUGGUCACAAGAGGAUAAAGAUUACAAAAGAGGUAUGUCAAGAAGAGACCAAGAAUGUGGACACAGUAGCAUGGACUCCCUAUUAAGGGGCUACAGCUCCAAAGGAGAAAAAUACUCCAGUGAAAAACGAAAUCAGGAAAAGAGUUCAUCUUCAAGCAGUAUGAAACACAGAUUUUUGAAACCCUCUGAAGAUGAUUCAUCAUCUUACAGUGCACCUAGAGACUGCAAGUCAGAGCAGUCCUCUUCCAAACUGCCGGUUCAUAGCUCUUUGAGCAGCCGUUUCCAGAAACCUGGAGAGGAUACUGCCCUGUGGACCAAAACACACAGAGAAGAUAACAAUGAGAAAUUACUGUGUAAUAAAAAAUCAUCAGGUACUAUGGAACAAACUGAUGGCAAUAGUUGGGAAAGAACUCCAAGUGAUGAAAAAGAGAAGUUGCGGCAGGAGUACCCAAGCGAUAUCUCUGAGAAGAAACAAAUGUUAUCUGACAGUAAAAUAUCAUACUCUAGAUCAUCAAAGGAUGAGCCACCUCGGGUCCUCAGUGAAGAGGAGAUGAACAGACUGGGAGCGAGGAUUGUGAAAGCAGAACUCAUGGGAGACAUGGAAUUGGCUUCAGAACUUCAAGCAGAACUUGACAAUGCUCGCAAGUUGAGAGAGAUUCAAGGACCAAUUCCAGCAAAGGCUGGCAAAGAGGCUUCAAGCCGUCAAGAAGAUGAACAAGUGGUCCUUGUCAGAACAGAUGAAAGUGGAAGGGCGUGGCCUGUGACCGGACCAGCUGAACCACAAGAGGCAAAAGGAGGACGGAGAAAGCGACAGAUGGUCCCUACUCAUGUAGAUAAAGAGAGAGUACGGUAUUUUCAGGAUGAUGAUAAUAUGGACCUGAAGGAUUUAGUCAAAAAUGAGAAGAUGAGGACAGCAGAGGAUCAAAACUCACUGUUCAUGCGUAUGGCGUCAAAGCUCAUGGAAAAAACUGACAGGGACUACUACACUCUGGAUGACAUGUUUGUUUCCAAAGCAGCCAAAAGAGCGCGUAGUGGGGAAGAGGAAGAAACACAAAGAAGAAAAGCAAUACAGGAGCACCAGCAGCUUGCUGCACGCAUGGAAAAGUGCCCAUACUGCUUUGAUAGCAGUGCACUUUCUAAACAUCUUAUUAUUGCAAUUGGCACCAAGGUGUACUUGUCUCUACCAAGCAACCAGUCCCUUACUGAAGGUCACUGCCUGAUAGCCCCUCUACAACACCAUACUGCAGCCACUCUUUUGGAUGAAGACAUCUGGGAAGAAAUCCAGAUGUUCCGAAGUGCAUUGGUGAAAAUGUUUGAAGCGAAAGACUUGGACUGUGUGUUCCUAGAAACAAACAUGAGUAUGAAGAAACGGUAUCAUAUGGUAUAUGAAUGCAUUCCUCUUCCAAAAGAAGUAGGAGAUAUGGCUCCAAUCUACUUUAAGAAAGCUAUAAUGGAGUCUGAUGAAGAGUGGUCCAUGAACAAGAAGUUAAUUGAUCUUUCUUCAAAAGAUGUUCGGAAAUCUGUUCCUAAAGGAUUACCAUACUUUUCUGUGGACUUUGGCCUUCAAGGAGGAUUUGCUCAUGUGAUUGAAGAUCAACACAAUUUCCCUCAUUACUUUGGGAAGGAAAUUAUUGGUGGCAUGCUGGACUUGGAACCACGGCUUUGGAGAAAAGGAAUCAGACAGAACUUUGAAGAACAGAGGAAGAAGGUGUUGCAGUUUGCACAAUGGUGGAAACCAUAUGACUUUACCAAAAAGAAAGAAUGAGAACAACCCUGCAGUCAAUUACCUUAAAGGAUACUUCAUAUUUUAAGAAUAACACCAAUGUGUUAUGUAUUGCUAAUAUAUUUUAAAACAUAGGAUAAUGUUUAAUUGCUGAUUAUCUGUUUCUGGUUUGGACACUAUGGAUCCCAUGAACCUGCAAGCCUAACAAACCAGAAGUGUACAGUGGGUUUAGCUUUUUGUUUUUCAGCUGAGACUAAAGAAUAGAAUCGAUGUGGCCACUGGAGUUCUUAAAAAUGUAACUUUUGCUUAUGGAGUUUUUACAAUCUUUGAGACAACCGAUAUUUUUUUUAUAUUGUAUUUAGCCAGUGCUGAAUUAUCCUGGUGACCUUCUGUAGAAAAUGGUGUACAUUUUAAGAACAUUUUUAUUAAAACAAAUACAUUGUUGCAGAAGAAAGCUGUACAGAAAAUGAUUUUCUGAUUCUGA